AUGAAGGGGCCCAUCCCAGCUGGCUGUGAUAGUAUGUGGAGUAUACUGGAUGGAUAAUGGACUGGGUAAUUGGGCAGACUGCAGGCCUCCCAGGCCCAAUCGCCCUCCUGCUAACGCUAACCAGAUGCUGCUAUGACUAUGGGUCUGCUGAGGGUCUGCUGUCAACACACACACAUAGGAAGUGCAAGCAGACACAGGCAGCCACGCAUGCACACACACACGCACAUAAACGGACACACAGAUGGGUGUUGGCCUGAGAAAGACAGAAGAGAGCCCAGAUUAUUGGCAUUAGACAAACCUGAUGUUACACAAGUUGUAGUUGAUUGUUGUCAGCCUUGACAGAGCAAUUUAUCCAAUGUUGUAUGGCUCUACAUGAUGCAUUUGAUGACAACCACAUGGUUUUGACAGUUUUUGUUUUUUUAAAUGGUGUGAAAGUAGCUGUCGAAAAUGUGGCAGUAAAUGGGAAUUCUUUCUUCUGUACUCUGCCCCCUCGUUCGCCCGAUAAGAAAACACAUCUAAGCACCCUACCGAAGCAUCCCCACCCACAGCACCUCAAUGACCCCACCUCAGUCAAGCCAGGAAAACCCUCUACAGCAUCGCCAUCAAUCACCCAAGCUCUUUCACAUCUACGAGAAUAGUCCACUACUCUACCUCACUCCAAUCUUACACUUCCUUUCCACCUCCCUCUACUACCUAUCUAUUGCAUAGACAACCUCCAUUUACUGUAUUUCUCCUCAGCCUCCCAUCUCUCCAAAGUCCCUCCAUCCCCUCUCCAUACCUCACUCUAUCAACUCACAUGCUCUCCUAUCCUCUCUUGUCUUUAUUAACCCGGUUUUCUCGCUGUGUCUCAGGUGUCACUCACUCAUCUGGCAGCUAACAUCAAAGACCCCGUCAAUCUUCAUCCCGCAACCUCUCCCGUCUAUCUAUUAGAGAUUAAGACGUAAGAAUGCAUUCGAAACCCAGGUGUUGAUUCGUCACUACGUAGAACAAGGUGUCAGGGCAAAGCUCACCGUCUCCAGCAAACAAGGUACCCACAGAUUAGAGUACAGCAGUGUCCCAUCCAACGAAGAGAACAGCUAUCCCUCAUAAACUUAAUAGAGAUGCAUACUAUAGUAGAUAAAUUUUCAAAUCUUCAGCAUUUAUCUUCCACGUAGAACGCAUGUAGACACCGCUUUCUUUCACUUCCUCUACGUGUUAUCACGUAAUUUAGAGUAGCAUGCAGGUCCCUCUAUCCUCUCACUUAGAUUUAGAGUAGCAUGCCAGGUCCCCUCUAUCCUCUCACUUAGAUUUAGAGUACGCAUGCUAGGUCCCCUCUAUCCUCUCACGUAGAUUUAGAGUAGCAUGCCAGGUUCCUCUAUCCUCUCACGUAGAUUUAGAGUAGCAUGCUAGGUCCCUCUAUCCUCUCACGUAGAUUUAGAGUAGCAUGCUAGGUCCCUCUAUCCUCUCACGUAGAUUUAGAGUAGCAUGCUAGGUCCAUCUAUCCUCUCACGUUGAUUUAGAGUAGCAUGCCAGGUCCCUCUAUCCUCUCACGUUGAUUUAGAGUAGCAUGCUAGAUCCCUCUAUCCUCUCACGUUGAUUUAGAGUAGCAUGCCAGGUCCAUCUAUCCUCUCACGUAGAUUUAGAGUAGCAUGCUAGGUCCCUCUAUCCUCUCACGUUGAUUUAGAGUAGCAUGCUAGGUCCCUCUAUCCUCUCACAUUGAUUUAGAGUAGCAUGCCAGGUCCAUCUAUCCUCUCACGUAGAUUUAGAGUAGCAUGCUAGGUCCCUCUAUCCUCUCACGUUGAUUUAGAGUAGCAUGCCAGGUCCCUCUAUCCUCUCACAUUGAUUUAGAGUAGCAUGCUAGGUCCCUCUAUCCUCUCACAUUGAUUUAGAGUAGCAUGCUAGGUCUCUCUUGUCGUUAUUUGAGUUGGAUCACCCAGACCUGGGUCAAACACAUAAUUAUGUCACAUGUUUUCCAACACUUGAGCUAUGCUUGAUGUAGUUUGCUGUGUACAAUAGAACAAAUUGAAUAGUCCCAAAAGUGCAAACACGCUACAUCAAGCGCACCUCAAAUACCUUCAAGUGUUUAGUUCGAGCUAAUAUAGCUAAAAUGACACUGGUAAAUGUAAAUUGAUAAUGUGUUCAUUGUUCUUAUGUACAGUAGCCUCCUGUGAGGUUGCAUAAGCAAACACUGUAUCAUUGUGACUUGACACACCUUGUUGUGUUCCAGGGAUUGCGUGGCACUCUGCAUUCUCAACAGUGCCACCAGCAUCUUCGCUGGAUUCGCCGUCUUCUCCGUACUGGGAUUCAUGGCUAACUCACUCAACGUGGACAUGAAUGAAGUCGUUAAAGGAGGCAGGCCCCUUUCCUCCACAUCCCCCUCUUCUUUCUCCUCCUUCCUCAUCUUCAACCCUUUCUCACACUCCUCACUGCAGCGGUCAAGCUGAUAUAGAAUGACAUUCAUUCAUUUCUGUUAGAUAUUGUGUGAAGCUGGGUCCUAAAGAUGUACUGGGUGUGCAAGUGUUUGUUCCAGCCCAGCACAGACAUAUUUGAUCAAACGAAUUGUGGUCCACAUUAGUUGAUGUGAAAUAGGUAUGUUAGUGCUGGGGUGGAACAAGAGCCAGCACUCCCAGUAUCUCUCCCAGUAGAGACGGAGAAACCUGUGCUAUAGGUACGAUACUGCUCACGGUCAUAACCAAUAAUGGCCACAAGAGGGCACUUUAGCCCAAUGCACCAUAUUUACCAUAAAACCUCUAUCUCAACUGGUCUCCUACACACAGCAUUAAACCAACACAUCAACAGCAAUUCCAUACUGUAUUUCUCAGUCCAGUGAUAUUUACCUGCAAAGACUAAUAACUGAAUGUGUGUGUGUGUGUCUGGGCUGUUUCCUACAGGACCUGGUCUGGCUUUCAUCGCCUAUCCCAAAGCCGUGUCCCUGCUACCAGGGGCCCAGUUCUGGGCUGUCCUCUUCUUUCUUAUGGUCAUCUUACUGGGCCUGGACAGCCAGGUACUGUACAGGGACAUGUUGGUGUUUGUGUGUGUGUGUGUGUGUGUGUGUAUGUUUGCGUGUGUGUGUAUGUGUGCGUGUGUGUGUAUGUGUGUGUGUGUGUGUGUGUGUGUGUGUGUGUGUUGUGUGUGUGUGUAUGUAUGUGUGUGUGUGUGUGUGUGUAUGUGUGCGUGUGUGUGUGUGUGUGUGUGUGUGUGUGUGUGUGUGUGUGUCUGUGUGAGUGUGUGUUUGUGCAACAGUGCAAGUGUGUGUUUGAUAGAGUUGUAUUUUGUUUAUUAAGCUUAAAUCAGUUAAUGUGUAAUUUUCAGUUGACAGGAUACAUCUUUGUGCAUGUACAGUAUGUGUGUGUUGUAAACAUGUUGUGUGUGUUCCCUCCCAGUUUGUGUGUGUAGAGAGCUUGGCCACAUCCAUCACUGACAUGUUCCCUGGUGUACUGCGGAGGCCUGGCCGGAGAGAGAUCUUAGUACUAGUCAUCGCUGUAGUCUGCUUCCUACUGGGCCUGCCUCUCAUCACUGAGGUAGGAGAGAGGGAGAGAGGAGGGGAAGAUGGAAGGAGAAAGGGUGGUAGAAGAGAGAGAAAUAGAGGGUGGGAGACAGAGAAAAAUAGAGAUGGAGGGAGGGAGAGAGAGAGAGAGGGAGAGGGAGAUAGAGAGAAAUAGAGCGAGAGAGACUAGUAAACUCUUCAAUAGCAAUAGGAACAUCAAAUCUGAUGAAAAUGUUUAACCUCUAACAUCCAUGUCCAUCUGUCCGUCCAUCAGAAUGGGAUAGUCCUCUUUCAGUUGAUUGACUCGUACGGUCCCAGUGGGACCAGUCUGCUGUUCAUUGCCUGUUUUGAGUGCAUCGCCGUCGCCUGGGUCUACGGUGAGUGACGUCACUACUAACAUGAUUGUACCGACUAUGUUUACUGUAGUAACUGUUCUAAGACUCCAGUCACUCCAGUCACCGAAGUCAUAGACUGUUCUCUCUGUUACCGCACGGCAAGCGGUACCGGAGCGCCAAGUCUAGGUCCAAAAGGCUCCUUCACAGUUUCUACCCCGAAGCCCCCCCCCCCUUUGUUUUUACACUGCUGCUACUCGUUGUUUAUUAUCUAUGCAUAGUCACUUUACCCCUACCUACAUGUACAAAUUACCUCGACUAACCUGUACCCCCACACAUUGACUCAGUACCGGUACCCCCUGUAUAUAGCCUCGUUAUUGUUAUUUUAUUGUGUUACUUUUUAUUGUAUUUUUUACUUUAUUUUAUUUAGUAAAUAUUUUCUUAACUCUAUUUUUUGAACUGCAUUUUUGGUUAAGGGCUUGUGAGUAAGCAUUUCACCUGUUGUAUUCGGCGCAUGUGACAAAUAUUUUUAAAAUUAUUUUAAUCGUUAAAGUGAAUCUAUACUCUAAGGGCCAUUUUCCUGGACCCAGAUAAAGUCCUGGACUAAAAUGCUAUUUAUAGGAAUAUUCUCCAUUGGGCUUUUUAGUCCAGGACUACAAUGGGUCUAAGGACAGUCACAACCAGUAACAACAUGUCCAUCUCUGUCCAUAAAGUGUUUCCAUACAUUCACAGUAAAAUUAAGUCUAAAUUGAAGUUCCAUUGCCAAUCUACAAGGGAAGGGAAGUGGGGACACAUAGUAGACCACUGUGUCUCAACAUGUUUUCGAGGGGGGACCCAUGUGAGUGUUUCUAUCAAAACGAAGAGAUGGAUCUCGACUAAAAAAUAAAGUGUGGAUGGAUUGGCUUGCAGGUGCGAACCGUUUCCUUGACAACAUUGAAGACAUGAUAGGCUACCAUCCUUUCCCUUCAGUGCUGAAGUACUGCUGGUUGUUUGUGACACCACUCAUCUGUGGGGUGAGUAAGACAGACACCUGUGCUGCCUCUCUCUCUCUCUCUCUCUCUCUCUCUCUCUCUCUCUCUCUCUCUCUCUCUAUUCAUCUUUCUUUCUGCGUCUUUCUUUAUGCUCAUGUUGUUCUCUUUCUUUCUUCGUCUCUCUCCUGCUUUCUUGCACCUCUUUGCUCUCUCUCUCUCUCUCUCUCUCUCUCUCUCUCUCUCUCUCUCUCUCUCUCUCAAUUAAAUUUCAAUUUCAAUUUCAAUUCAAUUCAAUUUAAGGGCUUUAUUGGCAUGGGAAACGUAUGUUAACAUUGCCAAAGCAAGUGAAGUAGAUAGUAAACAAAAGUGAAAUAAACAAUUAAUAUUAACAGUAAACAUUACACUCAGAAGUUCCAAAAUAAUAAAGACAUUUCAAAUGUCAUAUUAUGCAUAUAUACAGUGUUGUAACAAUGUGCAAAUAGUUAAAGUACAAAUGGGAAAAUAAAUAAACAUAAAUAUGGGUUGUAUUUACAAUGGUGUUUGUUCUUCACUGGUUGCCCUUUUCUUGUGGCAACAGGUCACAAAUCUUGCAGCUGUGAUGGCACACUGUGGUUUUUCACCCAGUAGAUAAGGGAGUUUAUCAAAAUUGGGUUUGUUUUCGAAUUCUUUGUGGAUCUCUGUAAUCUGAGGGAAAUAUGUGUCUCUAAUAUGGUCAUACAUUUAUGGAGGUUAGGAAGUGCAGCUCAGUUUCCACCUCAUUUUGUGGGCAGUGUGCACAUAGCCUGUCUUCUCUUGAGAGCCAGGUCUGCCUACGGCGGCCUUUCUCAAUAGCAAGGCUAUGCUCACUGAAUCUGUACAUAGUCAAAGCUUUCCUUAAGUUUGGGUCAGUCACAGUGGUCAGGUAUUCUGCCACUGUGUACUCUCUGUUUAGGGCCAAAUAGCAUUCUAGUUUGCUCUGUUUUUUUGUUUGUUCUUUCCAAUGUGUCAAGUAAUUCUCUUUUUGUUUUCUCAUGAUUUGGUUGGGUCUAAUUGUGUUGUUGUUGUUUAUGCUGUCAUGGUCUGUCUCUCCCUCGUGGUCUCUCUCUCCCUCGUGGUCUCUCUCUCCCUCGUGGUCUCUCUCUCCCUCGUGGUCUCUCUCUCCCUCGUGGUCUCUCUCUCCCUCGUGGUCUGUCUCUCCCUCGUGGUCUCUCUCUCCCUCGUGGUCUCUCUCUCCCUCGUGGUCUGCCUCUCCCUCAUGGUCUCUCUCUCCCUCCUGGUCUCUCUCUCCUUCGUGGUCUCUCUCUCCCUCAUGGUCUCUCUCUCCCUCGUGGUCUGUCCCUUGGUCUCUCUCUCCAUCGUGGUCUGUCUCUCCCUUGUGGUCUCUCUCUCCCUCAUGGUCUCUCUCUCCCUCGUGGUCUGUCUCUCCCUCGUGGUCUCACUCUCCCUCAUGGUCUCACUCUCCGUCGUGGUCUCUCUCUCCCUCCCUCUUCCUUCUAACGUUGCAUCAAAACACCCAUACAUUCCUUCUAUCCACAAAUGAAUAGCAACUUACAUUUGUUGAUCACUAUCUUUCUAAUACCCUUUUCAUACUACCGAGCCAAACUAAGCCGAGCCAAGCCGAGCCAUACUGGAAUGGCCUGGGUACGCAUCACCCAGUUGCUGGUGCUAUGCUGUAAAGCACAAUGAGCACAAUGUGAAAAUAAAAUGUUCAAGCCAGGACAGUUCAGGCUGGCCCUAUAGUGGGAAUCAGGUUUAAGUUGACAGUAUCCAAGGCUAAACUUCACCUCCACCUCUUCCUGGUUCGCCUCAGAUCACCCUGGUGUAUGACACACUGACCAGUUCAUCAAUCAAUCUAAAUCUAGACUACGUCCCUGGGCCCUGGGCCUCCCGAGUGGCCUGUCUCCUCAUCCUCACCCCCCUGAUGUGUAUCCCUGUCUACAUUCUGCUGUGUCUGUGGAGGGUGAGUGUCUAUACCUCACCUACCGUCACUCCAUCAUCACCCACCAGGCACCAACUGGGUGUCUACUCAUAGCUGUGUGUUGGUUUAGGGGUGGGUGGGGGGAGGUGUGUGUGUGUAUACAUUUUAAUAUCUGUGUGUGUGUGUGUGUGUGUGUGUGUGUGUGUGUGUGUGUGUGUGUGUGUGUGUGGGUGUGUGUGUGUGUGUGUGCAGGAAUGUGUGAAUUGUGGUGUUUCUUCAUUGUUUUGAACAUGUCCUUCCUCUCAGAAUCCUGCAGGGAUGACCACUCCGUCCAGUGACCUGCGCCAGGCACGGCCACAUGAACCUAGACUCACUGUGUGUGACCAUGUCAUCAUCAAGGGACAAGAGAAACCCCCCAGGAUCGCAGGGGAGCAGGAUGAGAAGCUGGUCAUGGAGGAGAGCAGUGGCGUUUAG